CUCGUUGUUGUGUUUACAGUAAUAUUACAGAGCGCUCAGGAAACAGGGAGACUAUGAGAAAGCGCAGCCGCUCCAUUCAGCCACAUGGUUCCUCAACCGCACAGACAAGCUGCGCUGCAGACAGCCAGGUUCACAUAAGGGACUUGCACUGCUGUUCUUGCCCACAGUGGCGCGUUUUGAAUCUUGCAGGGCGAGUUUUCAGCCGCACAGGCAGUUGAAAGUUGCUGUUAGUUUCGGGAUUUAUGUUUUGUUUCCGUGAAGCGCACUGGUGAAAGUUGAGAGACCAGGCGUCUCCAAAAACGGGCUGAACUGAGAAGAAGAGACUUGGAUGAACUUUUUAGAGCUGUAUUCAGCUGCGCUCUGGCUUUUAAAGCGCCUGAAAUAAGAAGAAGUGAGGAAUAUUUUUCUGUGAGCGCCUGAUAGGCAUUUUUACGCACUCGAACUUUGUCAAAGCGCUGCGCUGAGCAGUGUUUCCAGACUCUUGGAGGAAAGGAUGGUGCAGCACAUGAGCCAGACAGAGAGCGCCCACGCUCAUUCCCCCGGCGGGGACUCCACGGACACGGGAGAAAUGGACUUGGAGAUGGAUGCGUCUCCGACCCCCGAGUCCCCCUCCUCCGGGGAGCGCAGCGACUUGGCGUGGUGCAAAACUCCGACGGGGCACAUCAAGAGACCCAUGAACGCGUUCAUGGUCUGGUCCCAGAUUGAGAGGAGGAAGAUUAUGGAGCAGUCGCCGGACAUGCACAACGCAGAGAUCUCCAAGCGGCUGGGGAAGCGCUGGAAGCUGCUGAAAGACACAGACAAGAUCCCGUUCAUCCGCGAGGCGGAGCGGCUCAGACUCAAACACAUGGCCGACUACCCAGACUACAAGUACCGGCCCAGGAAGAAAGUCAAGUCGGGAAGCGGAGCGAGUAAGCAGGCGGACCGCGGGGAGAAGAGCGGGGAGCGCAGCGCCAAAGCCGGUGUGAAAAGAAGCCCCGCGUCCAAAGGAGUGAGCAGGACGCACAAGCAGGGGGGCAUGAAGAGCGCUGCGGGGCAGGACUAUGCGUCUCCCGGUGACCACCAGGCGCUCUUCAAAUCCAGGUCAGUGUCUGGCGCAAGGCAGAUCCCGGAGAAGCGCACCGGUGAGGCGAGGCGCGGCCACAUGUUCGGCGGGGCGGGCAGCCUGGAGAGCGGACCUCCCUCCGUGGGAGUCCCGGCCAGUCCCACCCUGAGCAGCUCGGCAGAGUCCAGCGACCCGCUCAGCCUGUACGAGGAGCAGAGCCCGGCGGCCAGCGAGUCAUCACACACCGCGCGCCUCAGGUACUCUCGCGCCUCCUCCCCAACACCGUCAGCCUCUCACUCUUCUUCAUCUGUGUCAUCCUCAUCAUCAGAUGAAGAGUUUGAGGACGAGCGGCUCGACCUGAACCCGAGCCCUGGGUUUGAGAGCAUGUCCCUGGGCGGAAUGGGCUUCUCCGACGCAGAGCUGGACCGGGACUUGGACUGGAGCUUCGGGGAGUGCGGGGCGGGAUCUCACUUCGACUUCCCCGACUACUGCACCCCGGAGGUCAGCGAGAUGAUCUCAGGAGAUUGGCUGGAGUCCACCAUCUCCAACCUGGUGUUCACCUACUGAAACGGACCACGGUGGAGAGGAACCGCGACGUCCCCCCACGUUUUGAACUGUUCAACCCCCCACCCCCGACAGGCGUGUGCGUCCAGACCACAAUAUUUCCGCCAUUCUUUCACUAAAUAAGGGAGAGUGAAAACAGGAAAGAAAAGGUGGCCUGUGUGCGCGUUGAAGCCCAGGUACGCGCCGCUCACAGACUUGGACAGCGCUCCGUGUGCUUGACGGGAACGCGCAGACGGGGGAAAUGCUUAGUUUGCAUUUGGACACGGAGGAGGAGUGAAUGUAAGCAGAGAGCAGUGAAACACACGGACUUCAGCUCAAGUGUUCAAUCCAAUCCGCAGAGGAUGAGGACUGAGACUGAACUUUGAAUCUUGAUGUUAUUUUGGGUCUGGAGAAGGGGCAUUUACUGGAGAGCUCGUCAUGUUGGGUUUUGUUUAAGAAAUAGCCAAUUCACAUUGACCAUCAAGUUGCUAUUCAGGUGUAGUUUUUUUCCAAACUCAAAAUAGUUUCAAUAUCAACACGCAUGCCCUCCGAGAUAAGGAGGAUUUUGUUGUUGUUAAAUGCGUAAAAAUGUUCAUUGCUGCGUAAUUACGCAAUUUGUGUGACCAUAGGACACAAUUCACUAUCACCAGCUUCUCUUUCAACGGCAGGACUUAAAACAAAGACUGACUCGAAACUUCAGAAACCCUUUUCUGAACCUUUUUAAACACUGCACAAUUCAGGACCAAUGUUCCCCGACGCGCAUCCUUUUCUGCCUAGUGCUUCAACUUUGUAGUUCCUCUGUGUCAGAUGACGUUUUUUAUAUUGAUGUAUUUAUACCGGCCAAACUUUUUUAUACAUAGAAGUAUUGUCCUCGUACAGGUCUCGUUUGUGUUUGUGCACAUACACCUGUCUGUAUCCAGCGCGGAAGGGCUAGAAGUGUAUCUUAUUUAAAAAUGUCUGACGUCUCUCACUUUUAAGGAGAUUUGAGUGUGUCAUGAUUUUCUACUUGUAUUUUUGUACAAAAUCUAUAGAAAGGGUUUUUUUCAGGCGAGUGGGUAGCCUACAACAUUGUUGUUUGGAUCUACAUUGGUGUUUAGACGUGCAGAGGGGGGGUUGUUUGGCACAAUCUGACCUCACACAGUGUUUACAGUAUUUACCCACAUGCUUCUUAAUGGCACAGUGACUCCAGUUUCACCAGCCAAGUAAACAAAGCACCACUGAGGCUCCCAGUCUGAGUGGUGACUGUUUCCAGUACACAUGAUAGACCUAAAGUAUAUGAGUGAAAGAUCCCAGAGAGUCACUGUUUGGAUAGAGCUAAUACCUCUGUGUGCUUUUUAUCAAGAUAAGUUUUAUUUGAACCACUGGAUGGAAUUUCACACUCAUUCCACUUUGCCUAGACUUUGGAGGGAGGAAGAUGUAUGAAGUGCUUCAUCUGUUAUUGCGCAAAUUGCAUCAAAAAAAUAGUAUUUAACCUUUCUGUACCUGUUGGCUAAGUAUAGCAGGCUAAUUGUUUUCCUAUAUUAUGGCAUGGCAAAUAGCAUUUGUAUUUCAGAUUCAGGUAUAUGUAGCUAUAGCUGUUGUGUUUAAGAUUUUUAAAAGAAUAAUAACAUGAAGAUAUUUAUGUAAACUGACUGUACUAUAAGCAAAGAUUGUGUGUUUUAUGUAUGAUGAUGAUCAACGACAGGCACUAGGACAGCCAUCUUUGGACAUCCUUAUGUUGAAGAUGAUUGUGGUCCAGGAGUUUCUUUUUUAUUUUAUUUUUUACCUUUGAGACAUCUUUUCUAUUGUCCUUUUUCUUUUUUCAUUUGUGCAAUAUGCUGUGUAUGAUCAUGUUUUGUCCAAUCAUGCCAAUAUCAUUUGAUGUUUAUAGCUCAAAAACCAGCCAAUGUUUGGGUCAAUCACUGCCUCUCAGACCUCUGUACAGAUUGUCGUUUUUUAUUUGUUUUUCUUUUCUUCCAAGAAGGAAAUAAAAUCAGCUGGAACUGAAAAGUAAAA